CGACUCAGAUUCUGCGUUGAUCCUUUUGGCUUUCCAUAUCAGUGAACUGCGCUUUGUCCCCCGCUGCCGGUCCAGUCACAUCCCGUGCUGGCUACGGCCAUGGCGGCGGCACCGGUGAAGCAGCGGACCGGGGCAAGCCGAGCUCAGCUCCCCCCAUGCUAUUAUGAGGGAUAUCUUGAGAAACGAGGAGCUAAAGAGAAGGUGUCCCGGAGACUAUGGACAUGCUUGUGUGGCAACACUUUAUACUUCUUCAACAACGCGAAAGACACACAUUAUGUGGAGAAACUGGACCUGAGUGGGUUUGUGUCUCUGAUUGAUGACUGCAGUCGAGACAGGAAUCUGGAAGCAGCUAGAAUGAAUUUACGCAUGAAGGAUGGAGAGAUCAAGCUAACUGCUCCUAACUUGGAGGCACGAGAGCUGUGGAAAGGCUUCCUGUACUCUGUAGUGGAUCUGGCAGUGCCCACUACUCUCACUCUGCUGCCCGGCCAACUGCAAAUGCUGAAGGAAGUGGUGGAGAAAGAGAGACAGAGAAGAAGAGCUCGAUCUCUCUCGAGAGCUCCCUCCUCACCCCUGUCUCUCCCUCUGGUAGGAGAGAUUCCUGCCUGUUUCAGACCUGUCUCACGUACAGAAGCUGAGGUUCUGUUAGAGCGUCACCCAGACUGCGGGAACAUGCUGCUAAGACCGGGCAGAGACGGCACGUCACUCGCAGUGACCACACGACAGGAUCUCAAUGGCUCGGUGUUCAGACACUAUCGGGUUACCCAGAAGCCUCAGGGAGGUUACAUCAUCGACGUGGAAAACCCGAUCCCGUGUCCCACCCUUCAUGAUGUUAUUAACGCACUAGUGGAGAAAACAGCUGGGACGCUUCAGCCUUUUCUACUGGAGGAGCCUUAUGAAGAGAAUAUCACAUACAUUUCGUCCAACGAUGAGAACGGAGAGCGGAUGCUACACUGUGCACCAACUGGCACUUUCUCUAGAAGACCCUCACUGCCUCCAAAAGCAGGGCCAGAGAGAUGGACGUUGAGAUCUCACUCUAAAUCUCCUAGUCCAUCUCAAAGAUCACUAAGCCCCCCAGGUUCACCAUCCAGCCCUAUGAGACGUCUGGUGCUCUCUCCCUCGCCCUCACCACUAACACAAACAGCUUUCACAGAAGAGCUCAAACAGAAGCUGGAGAAGAGACGCACCAGCCAGGACUGACUUCCUGCUUCUCCUCAGCCAAUCAGCAGCAUGGCCUCGUCCCCUGACUGUCUGAUUCUGCCAGUGCCUUUGUGAUGACAGUCAACGCUCCCAGAUAUUCAGUCUUAUUAUUUCCAUGGUGCAUCAUUAUUCAAGCUGAGCAAAAAGAUCUAGUAAACGCUUCUGCCUUGGGAAGGACAGUGUGGUUUGAGCACAGGCACAGAUCAGUCUGAGCCAAGAAUCAGCAUUUCGAAGCUGCAGCUCCACAGUACUAAAUACACUGAAGAGCAGCUCCUCUAAACUGCCAUGAACGUUCUUGUCAUGUUCUCCUGUCAUUUUCAUUCAAAUUUUCAUUCAAAGCAUUUUGUCAGGGGCUGCAGCAGGUAAGUUCAUCUUUAAAGCUUAUGCUUGUGUUAGUACAAAAUAAUAGCAGUGAUGAAGUGUCUGAUGUGUAAGUUACUGCUCAGAACAGUGUGUUCUGUGUUUCUGUACAAUAGUGGGGUGUUUUUUUUGUUUGUUUGGGUUUUUUUUGUGUUCCAGAUUGAAUACUAGACUGAUCAUCAUUACUAGUUUGUGUAAUGAUCAUUGCAUGGUGCUACUGUUUGUACACAGAUUUUGUGUGUAUCACUGUUAAUUUUUCUCCUAUUUAUUGGAAUUAAAGGGACGAUUUUUCAAUAUA